AUGGAUCCUAGAAACCUUAAUCAGAAUGAAGAAGACGGAGGAAGAGGAAUUAGAAAGCGGUGGACUGCAGAGGAGGAUGUCAACCUCAUAAGUGCUUGGUUAAACACAAGCAAGGAUCCAGUUGUAAGUAAUGAGCAUCGGCUGAAAAGUUUCUGGAAGAGGGUUACUGUGUACUACAAAGCUAACGAUGGGUCAUCUGGUUCAAAUGAAAGAGGGCCUUCACAAUGUAAGGCUAGGUGGAACAAGAUAAACCAUGGAGUCAAUAAGUUUGUGGGGUGUUACGCACAAGCGAGUUCAAGAAGAAAGAGUGGAGAAUCAGAAGAUGAUGUAUUGAGCAUGGCGUAUGAGCUUUACAAGAACGACAUGGAAAAGGAAGUUGAUAGUAUAGUGGAGGAGAUCCAAUACAACUACACUCACCCAGAUGUACCACCAGCUCCAAUAAUCCGAAGAGUGCACAUUGAUAGAGGCCGCGAAGAAGGCCACACUCGGUUGUGGAAUGAUUAUCUUAGUGAUAAUCCGACUUACACUAACGCUAUGUUUCGUCGUCGCUUUAGAAUGAACAAACCAUUGUUCAUUCGUAUUGUUACUACUAUUGAGAAUGGAGUCCCAUACCUCAGACAAAGGCGAGAUGCUACUGGAAGGCUCGGUCUUUCGGCACUUCAAAAAUGUACGUCGGCUAUUCGUAUGAUGGCGUAUGGAUGUUCGACAGAUGCAAUGGAUGAAUAUUUACGACUCGCUGAAACAACCGCCCACAAAUGCCUUCUACAUUUUGUUGAGGGAGUUAUAAAUCUGUUUGACGACGAAUAUCUCAGAAGACCUACAGCGGAAGACCUCCAACGGUUACUGAAUAUUGGAGAACAUCGCGGGUUUCCCCGGAAUGGUAGGGAGCAUAGAUUGUAUGCAUUGGGAGUGGAAGAAUUGUCCCACUGCAUGGUAAGAACAAUAUUCACGUGGAUUGGGUAA